AUGAAGUACUCAGGGGCAGAAUGCAAAAGAAAUACGACGAAAGGCUGCGUACAAGGCUCGAUCGCAGGCCCCACAUUCUGGAACCUGCUGCUUGACCCACUCCUCCAGGAACUAGAGGACAGUCAUAUUCACUGCCAAGCGUUUGCUGAUGAUGUGGUGCUCAUCUUCUCCGGAGACACAGCACUAGAAUUAGAGAGCCAGAUCAAUGUCAGUCUUGCCCGUGUGAGCGAGUGGGGGACUAAAAACAAGCUUAAAUUUGCUCCGCAUAAAACAAAUGCGAUGUUGCUAACAAAUAAACUUAAGUACGAUACCCCACGGCUGCGCAUGGGCACCACUGACAUUGAGCUGGUCAACGAAAUCAAAAUUCUUGGCCUCAUCAUAGAUAGAAAACUAACCUUUCAGAGCCACGUCGCCUAUGUGUGCAAGAAAGCUAUUAAUAUUUACAAAGGUUUAGCUAGAGCGGCCAAAGUGACAUGGGGCCUGAAUCCGGAGGUGGUGAGAACCAUAUACGUGGCAGUGAUUGAGCCCAUAAUCUUGUACGCGUCGAGUGCAUGGGUAAAGGCAGCGGACAAAGUAUAUAUUAAAAACCAGCUGAACACCGUUAUGAGAGGAUUCGCUCAAAAAAUAUGCAAGGCACAUAAAACUGUUUCAAUGAACUCGGCUCUAAUACUGACGGGACUGCUGCCACUUGACCUAAGAGUCAAGGAGGCCGCAUCCCUGUAUGAGGCAAAGAAAGGGAAGCCACAGCCAGUUCUGAAGGGUCGAAAAGUAGAGGAAAGGGCUAGCCCUCUCCAACGACCACACCCUUCACAGGAGAUUCAGUUAAACUUUGAGUGCCUAGAGAGUGAAGCGGAGGUGCAGGCACGCAUGACAGACGGUGCAGCGCACAUAUUCACUGAUGGCAGCAAAAUUGAAGGCAAGGUCGGUUCAGCGCUAUCUUGGUGGAACAGCGGAAAUGAAGUAACCUGCCGAAAAUUUAAGCUCGAAGAUCACUGCACCGUCUUUCAGGCGGAACUUUACGCUGUUUACCGCGCCACAGAAUUGGCGAAAACUAGGAAAGAGACCACACUCCACGUGUACAGCGACUCUAGAUCGACGCUGGAACUGCUCAGAGGAAGUGACUCUUCCCACCAACUGGCUGCCAAAACGAAGGACAACAUCGCGUGUCUUUCCAAGAAGGGAAAGGAGGUGGUGCUCUUCUGGGUAAAGGCUCACAUCGGCAUAGAAGGGAACAAAAGGGCGGAUGUCUUGGCAAAGGAAGCAGCCCUAAAAAAGAAGACAAAGGCGGACUAUGAUGAUUACCCGGUUUCCUUCAUCAAACGAAUGAUCCGGGAGGGUACGGUUGAUGAAUGGAACCGCAGGUAUACCAAGGAAGAUAAGGCCAACGUCACAAAAAUCUUCUUUCCUGAUGCUGUUAACGCGUAUAGGAUACGCACGAAAAUAAAUGUGACGCCACUGCACACUCAGAUGUUCACAGGACAUGGGGGUUUCUCGGAGUACCUCCAUAGAUUUAAGAAAAAAGACUCUGCAGCGUGCGUCUGCGAUCCAGCCGUACCGGAGACCGUGCCACAUAUCCUGUUCGACUGUCCUAGAUUUGGUAAAGCGCGCUUCGACAUCAGUCAGAUUCUAGACAUCGACAUAAAUUUAAAUUCAGCUUAUCUGUCUGACCGCAUAUGCGGCAACCCGUAUUGCAUGAUAAAUAGAAAUUAA